AUGGUAAUUUACACACAGUCCCUACUCCACUGAUGCAAGUCACUUCCUCUCUCUCUCUCUCAGUCUCCUUCUCCACCCUGCUGUAGACAUGCAUGAAUUGAGGGAGAUGAUGAAAUGAGAGAGAGAGAGAGAGGAGGUAGGAAGGAAGGCAAGAAAUAGUAGGACAGUGUGUUGGAGGGCAGCCAGCAUACUGUAGUGUAGCAUACUGCUGUGUUGUGAUUAUGGAGAGAGCAUGAGUGCAGCAGGACCAAAACGAGAGGAGAAAGAGAAAGGGUGAUGACAGAGUGAGGACACUUGGCUUAAUGCCUCAUCAGUAAGAGACGGGUCAUGUUAGAAUCUGAACAAUAGGCCGACAGACUCAUUAACUCUUCUGGAUCAGUUUGGAUCAGAUACCAACAAAGGAUUCACAGUGUGAGGACAGAUGAACUUCGAGCCUCUAGGAAAAAAAACGCGAAAACAGAGGGCAGCAAACUACUACAGAUAUUUGGACUCAAGACAGCAUGCAGCAAGGAUCGAGCAAACACUGAAGAGGGAUGAAAUGGUGUGGAAAUGCCGCCUCUCUCUUGAGAAGUCCCACUUUUAAGUCAGUCACACAAGAGAUGGGGAGACGAGUGGGUGACAUGAUGACUCCGGUGCCAGUUUUAGGAGUUCCUGCUCUGGUUGGAGUAUGUGGUUUGAAGACAACCGGAGAAGACACAGCUGCAGGGGUCCUGCUGCACACGUGGGGUCUUCACUGCAGUGUCGGUGUUCAGACGUCACCGGGGAUUAGCAGACAACCAACCCAACAGCAGUCAACUGACACACUACCCGUGCUAUCAGAGAUAAAUAAUCAAAUAUUCAACAAGGAAACACAGUUCGAGGACAACGACAAAACGGCUAUUUUAAAACAGAAAAGUGGGGAAUCCAAGACCAAAAAGGAAGUGACUUUCAAAGCUCUUGGAGGCGAGACCUCUCACAAUGUGACCUGCAUUCAGAGGAACAGAAAUGGGACUUAUUGCUUUGCCAGGGCGAUCAAGACCAAUCCACACUUUGCAGAGAACAUAACGAAUGUCAGGCCUAAGCUGAAACCAGCUGUGCGUUACACUAACGGUAGCGUGGUCGAUUCAGAAGCGAUCGGUGGAAUCAGUGUUGAUGGAAAUGAAGCAGCACCAAUUAGAAACGGAACCUCUCGUGAAAGAGACCCAAUCAGAAAGCAAGGUCACCGCGCAGAGCAUUGUGGGAGGGCGCCGCUGUCAUCUGUUGCCCGACCUUUCGGCACAGUGCAGAAAUUAUGCAGCCUUUGUGGUGGGAGACAGUCUGUAACCACAAGAGCUGCCACUUUGGGGGAGAACAGCCCCGCUGUCAGCGCGUCUUCAUUAAAUUCAGCCCUCGCAGCGCUCUCGACUGGCACACAUUUCCACACGUCUCAUAUUGAGAGAAACAGAGACAUCAAGCCAAGUCAGGAUCAAAUCACUGACAGCGUCACAGACAGAGACAACGGGACACAGACAUUACAUGUGAUCAAACAGCCAAUCAACUCGCAAACCUCCCACAUGCGAAAACGGUCACUAUCACGCAAGCAACUAUAG